AUACGCCAUGGGAGAUGGAAUCCAACCAGGGAGCCUGUCUUAUGGAGCAGAAUGGCACCCAAACUACAAAUUCCAUGAGACACCACAGCAGAUUUGAACUGAAGAUUUCAGUGGGAUGCCCCCAAUUUACCUCCAUGGAAUUCAUGUAAACCCGGCUCUCCCCUGUCCUACUUCUGACUAACCCUGCCUGGCCAGAGGGGAUUUGGCAGGAGGCAUUCCAGAGUAGUUAGUAGACUGGCGACCUUUGAACCCUGCACAGCGGCCAAGACACCCUUGGUGCUGCCAUCCCACAGCCGGUGACCUCUGAACCCUGCACCCACGGCCAGCGACCUUUGAACCCUACACAGUGCAAGACGCCCUUGGUGCUGCCAUCCCACAGCUGGUGACCUCUGAACCCUGCACCCACGGCCAGCGACCUUUGAACCCUGCACGGUGCAAGACGCCCUCCGUGCCGCCAUCCCAUGGCUGGUGACCUUUGAACCUUGCACAGCAGCCAAGACAACUUUGCUAAUCCUGCCCCCGGGGCUGGCGACCUUUGAACUCUCCAGUGGUCCUUUCCCCCCCUCCCCUCCCCCGAGAUCCUGCAGCCCCACACGCUUCUCUGCUGGGGCAGAGGGUUUAAAUGGUGCCAUGGAGGAAUCUGAAGAGUCUCCCAAGACCUGACUCCUGGGAACGGACGCAACAGAGAAACAGGCUCGCACUGGCCAGAGAUAUGGCUGCUGGGCGGCGGAUGCUGGGUGUGGCCUGGGCCGUCCUGGGGACAGGGGUGCCGGGGCCGCCCUGCCGCGGCACGGCCUCCCUCGCCUCCCGGAUGGCAGAGUACCGGAGGAUGUGGAAGCCUGUGGAGCCCCAGGGGUGGGCUGAGCAGUACAGGGAGCGGUUCAUCCCCUUCUCCAAGGGGCAGCUGGUCAGCGCCCUUCUCAAGGAGUUCCACUCUUCCAGCGACGCCGAGCGCGCCUCCUUCCUGGCCUUCGUGGCACGGGUGGACUCUUCCCUCCUGCAUCGCUACCAUUCCCUCCUGGGGCGCUUGCAGGCUCUCUACGACCCCAUUAACCCCGACCGGGACACCGUGCCAGAGAUGGCUCUGAGCGACACCGAGCGCCUGGCUAAGGAGCGGCAGGUCCUGGCUGAGCUGGAACCGGUGCUGGAUCAGGCCAACUUCAACAGUCUGUCAGAGGAUGCCCUGGCCUACGCCCUCAUCGUGCAUCACCCUCAGGAUGACGUCCAGGUUUCGGUGAACCUGGAUCAGUACGAGUAUAUCCGGUUCUGGGCCCUCGGCCAGCGUGUUGGAUUCCUGCCGAUUAAAUCCACGCUGGGGCCUCGGAAGGGGCUGUUCGGCACGUCCCGGACCCCCGCGGAAAGGCGUUAUUUCAAGCGGGUGCUGGUGGCGGCCCGGCCCAGGAACGCCCACCUGGUGCUGAAGUGCUUCAAAGACAUCCCCUUGGAGGCGCUGGAGCAGCUGCUGCCGGCCGUGAGGAUCCGCACAUCCAUCUUCUACAAGACGCUGCUGAACGUCACGCUGGUGGUGAGCGGGCUGGUCCUCUUCGUCAACGUCGGCAUGGUGGUGCUGUCCGACCUCAAGAUCGGCACCAGCUUCCUGCUGCUCUGCUUCGCCGCCUUCAUGACCUUCCGUGCCUGGAAGGUGUUCGGGCAGCGGCGGAACAUCCACUCCCUGGAGCUGGCGCACAUGUUGUAUUACCGCAGCACCUCCAACAACUCGGAGCUUCUGGGCGCGCUGGUGCUGCGGGCGCAGGAGGAGCACGCCAAGGAGCUGAUCCUGGCGCACAGCUUCCUGCGCCGGCAGCCAGCCUGGCCCCCGCACGGCCCCGCAGACCUUGAGACCAUGGCUGGCCUUCAGGAGCACGUCCAGUCGUGGCUGCGGCUCCACUCAGGCCUGGAAGUCUCCUUCUGCGCCGACCGCGCCUGCCGGCACCUGCUCAGCCUAGAGGGGGGGCACCGGGCCGAUCCCGCCAUGGCCCCUGGGUCCCACUGACGCCCCCUGGCUGUUUGCAGUGUGGGCACCCCCGCAUCCUUCUCCUGGCUGUGCUACAGCCGCUCCGGAGGAAAGGGCAGGGACAGCACUGGAGGGGGGCCCUCUAUCGAGCAUGCAGCACCUGGGGGGGAGAGGAGAACUGAGGCUCCCCCCGUGCUCACACGCUCUGAGCAUGUUUCUGGUGCAUUCUGGGAGUCCCGCCAACUCCCAUGCUUGGCAUGGCCCUGCCGUUACCCAGCUACUGCCAGGGCUGGAUUGCUGGGUCGUUAACCCCCUCUGGGCCGCCUGGUGCCUGAGGGGUUCUGCCGGCCACCAUUCAAGAAGGAUGCCGGGAAGUCGGCAGGGGAGCGCUGGCCCAUUGACACCAAUGGAUCAAAGUCCAUUCUGCCGGGAGGGCUCUGGCCCCAUUACAGCCCCCUCCACAGCAAGGGAUUUGGACCCUGGAUCCCCCUUCUCUUUGGCAGCAAGAGAGCCCAAAGCUCUCCCAGCCGAACCCUCCCUGCGGUGUGCCCGGACCCCAGUGCUGGCUGCCCGUAGCGCAUGGAUUCGCACCCGGCGCCUCUCUUGGAGCGAGCGUCUGCACUGCUGCGAGAGGAGCGGGAUGGGCCCACCCGAGCCAGCGGGGCUGCAUGCAGAAUUCAGGCCGGGAUUUCAGACAUGCCGGCCGGUUGGCAGGGGCGGCUUCGCUCUGGCUCCUCCCGCGCUUUCCUCUGCUGCUGAUUUUCACGGUGCCUGGCCUCGAUUUGGGUGUGAGAAAGAGACUUUCGGGCAGGAGUGGAAGAACGCUGGGCCUCCUCCCUCGAACUGAAAGCACUUUAGUCGCCGGGGGUGGGGCUGCACGCAGCACACCUCCCAUUGCCUCCGAGGGAGCCCGGGCCUGUUCACGCCAGCGGGGGAGCUGGCCACGUUGACUCCUGACUAGUCAGGCUUUAAACCAGCACCUUUCCCUACAGCCGGGGAGAGAACCCAGGAGUCCUGGCUCCCAGCCCCCCUGCUCUAACCACUAGACCCCACUCCCCUCCCAGAGCCAGGAGAGAACCCAGGAGUCCUGGCUCCCAGUCCCCCCUGCUCUAACCACUAGACCUCACUCCCCUCCCGGAGCGCAGGCUCCCACCCCCGAUGAGCGACGGUAAAAUGUCUUAACCUUAGGAGCUCAGCUUCAUUUCCCGGCCCGAAAGCCUCUCUGCGGGGAAGGGGGUUUCUACUGUAUUUGCAGUGCAAUAAAGAGGUUUCUUGUUUGA